GAGGACAGCCCCGGGGACCGCGCUUGAGGGGAGGCUCCAGCACCGCCUCAGGGCUCGCCCCGCCCCGCUACCGUCCUCCCGGGAUCCCCUCCCGCCGGGCUGCCCCCAGGGGACAAGCCGGCAAACCGUACGCGGAGCCCGGCCUGACCUGCCACCAGAGGCCCCUCACCGCCGCCGCGGAGCGGGCGCGGAGGAGGAGCCCGGCCCGCUGUGUAUCACCGCCCCCAAGAUGGCGGCGGCGGCGCUGCUGCGGCAGCGGGCGGGCAGCGGCGGGGCUGAGGCGCUGUGGCGAGCCCAGCGCCGCCAGCGCAGCACUUUCGACGUGGUGGUGGUGGGCGCGGGAAUCGUGGGGCUGGCCUCUGCCCGGGAGCUCGUCAGGCGGCAUCCCUCACUCGCCUUCGCCGUGCUGGAGAAGGAGCAGGAGCUGGCUCAUCACCAGAGUGGACAUAACAGUGGUGUGAUUCACAGUGGAAUCUACUACACCCCUGGAUCUCUGAAAGCUAAGCUGUGUGUAGAGGGAGCAGCCCUCUGCUACAAGUACUGUGACCAGAAGGGGAUACCAUAUAAACAAUGUGGGAAGCUAAUUGUAGCUGUUGAACAAGAUGAAAUUCCAAGACUCAAAGCUCUGUACGAAAGAGGGCUGCAGAACAACGUCCCAGGUCUGAAACUGAUUGGAACAAAAGAAAUACAAGCAAAAGAACCCUUCUGCAGGGGUCUGAUGGCCCUUGAUUCUCCAUAUACUGGCAUUGUGAAUUAUAAACAAGUGGCCCAGUCCUAUGCAGAAGAUUUCCGGGAAGCAGGUGGGACGAUCUUGACUGAUUUUGAAGUUACAAACAUGGAGAUGGCUAAACAAAGUUCUUCAGAAAGUGAAGAUGGACUGAAAUACCCAGUUAUUGUCAGGAACUCAAAGGGUGAGGAAAUAUACUGCCGGCACAUUGUGACCUGUGCAGGGCUUUUCUCAGACCGCCUGUCUGAGAUCAGUGGCUGCAGCCCUGAACCUCGUAUUGUACCCUUCCGUGGAGAUUAUUUGGUGCUAAAACCAGAAAAGUCUUACAUGGUUAAAGGAAAUAUCUAUCCAGUUCCCAAUCCUCGGUUCCCUUUUCUGGGAUUUCACUUCACACCGAGAAUGGAUGGCAGUGUGUGGCUUGGUCCUAAUGCAGUAUUAGCCUUCAAACGAGAGGGCUACAAACUGUUUGAUUUCAACACUGGAGACUUUUUAGAUGCUGUAUCGUACAGUGGGUUGUGGAAGCUCGUGCUGAGAAACACGUCUUACGGACUGAGCGAAAUAUACAGAGUGUGUUUCCUGAGCGCACAGGUGAAGCAGCUGCAGAAGUUCAUCCCUGAGGUCACUGUCAAUGAUGUACUCAGGGGUCCAUCCGGAGUGAGAGCUCAAGCACUGGACAGUGAUGGAAAUUUGGUAGAUGACUUUGUAUUCGAUGGAGGCAGUGGAGAUAUUGGAAGCAGAAUUCUUCAUGUCAGAAAUGCCCCUUCUCCUGCUGCUACCUCCUCCCUUGCCAUUGCAAAAAUGAUUGCAGAUGAAGCGAAGCAAAGAUUUGAAUUGUGAAUGAUUGACAAGUGUAGUGGGGUUCUACCCCUCUUGUAUGUGUAGCAUCUUGUCUGCACUGAAUGAACUCCACAGCCUUUAAUGGCAAAGAUAAAACAGGCAAAGUGUCAACUUGCAAGACCAGCACUGGUAUAGCAAACCCAGUAUUUGAAAUGUUUGCCUCUGCCAGCCCAUAACUUCUCAGCUUCAUGAAUAUAGGAGUUGCAGUGCCUGGUCAGGCCUGGUGUGGUACAGCUGUCUGCAAGAAAGAAACAGACAUCCCUGCUGGCAGUAAAGGUUGGUCCACCUGAACAGGAAGAGCCUGUGGAGGGGCUGGUGCCACACGCAAUGUGAGGGUCUCUCCAACCAUGGUGGGUCUUUAGGUGAAGCAGGAAGAGCCUCUGUGGUGGGGUUGCCCACACGGACUUCCCAUGCUUCAGGUCUGAACACUGCUUUCUUGUUGCACUCUGGAGAGGUGGUUGGUCCUCUGAAAAACCACAGGCAUGGAGCGGUUCUCUGUGUGCUUUGACUCCAUUUAAAUUGGAGUCUAUAGUCCCCUAGCUUACAUUAAAUUAAUGGAGAUAGGAGGAUAAGCCCUGCUUAAGGGUUCUGCUGAUAUAGUAUUAAGGGCUUUAUCAGAGACUGAAAACAAUAUUUACAGCCUUCUACAUGAACAUAGAGUAUUUCACAGUAAAAUAAACCUAACAAGGGAUUACCAAAUCCAAGUCAAUUUAGAUACACAAUUCAGAUAUGCUGUCUAUCUGAUCACUGUCUGUAUUUUUUAUAAAGCUGAAAUUAAAAUGUAUACAUAAACAGUUUUUAUUUAACUUAAAUCUGAGAAGUCAGCACUAAUCAGAAACUGCUUCAGUGGGUUUGGGUUUGGGUUUUUUUCCAUUUGAAUACGGGUAAUGCAAAAGGAGCUUAUCUUUGUGCAGCAUGUUGAGCAAUCUGGUGGAAAUGGUCUUUGUAAAAGCAAAUGCGAAGGGAGGGAAGCUACAGAAACCUGUCUUAAUUGAGUCAUGUUGCAUACUGCUUCCCUUGGAGCCCAAACAGCAAUGAGUCAGGAAGACUCCCCAUUUUCCACAUGCCUGGCAAGAGGGAAGUGUAGAAGAUGCCAGUUACUCUUCUGGGCUCUUACUGAUACUUGCAGUUUUAUCAAAGGCUCACCUGGAAGAGAGUCAGUGUGGAGACCGUGCUUUAAACUAGGGAGAGGUGUUCAACAAGUUUGGUAUGAAGCUGAGUAUCUUGGGAUGUUCUGCAUAAUUGCUACAAAAAAGAAUUAUGUGGCCCCAGGGACAAAGUACUUGAGAAUACUUUUAAAGCAGAUGUUCACAGGAUGUUGGGUAAUACAGAUAAUUAUGGGUAGUUUGCUACCAGGCAAUUUGCCAUACUGGGUUUAUUUUAAAGUUAUUUUCUGUACUGCUCUGACAGGCACGAGGGAGUGUGUUAGCACAGGAGCUCAGGUGUGCUAGCUGAUGUUUUACUGUACAGAGCUGAGCCGCUUUUGCGAGAGAAAGGGCUUAACAUAUCUUCACUUAACUUUAUUUUUUCCUGGUGACAUCUACUUUACCAAAAAAGUGACUCGUGUAUAAGGACAACCUGGAAAUUCAAGUAAUAAGCCCUUCAAAGAAAAGCUUUGGACGUUAUUCUUGGCCACACCACUAGACAGAGAUUCAGAUAUUCCAAAUGCUGAAAUGCCAUACGGCUGUGUAAAAGUUCUGUCUUCACAAUGGAACAAUCAUAUCUUCACUCCCCACCAGAAGUGUUGCCUAUCAACAGUAAAUACUACAAAAGGAUUGCAAAAGCAACUUCCUCCCACACGAGGUGUGGCCCUAACAUGUAUUAACAGAAUAAAGAACGUUAAAAUGUAAAGCAGUCAUAUACCGUGGUGAAUCGUAAGUCAGCACAUUUAACUGGGCUUUUUUGCUCUCAGGAGAUGAUUAUUUUGGGGCAGAGUUUAACUGAAGCUUUUAAAUUAUGGAUCUUUAUGUAGUGUCCUGUGAAAUGUUUAUAUUUUUAGAGAUAAAGUUAUAAACCUUUUUUAAAGGAAUAACUUCAGAGAAUUAUGAUAACGGGGUUUCAAAUAUAAAUCUUGUUGCCCACAAAGUGUGAAAAUGUAUGAAUGUCUUUUCCAAAGAGGUCUAAUUCACUUGGGUGGCCUCAUAACUGCACCUUUCUCUAUUAUGAUUAUAAUAGUGGUUUGGGUUUGGUUUUUUUUUAA